CGCAGGCUUGGUCGCAGUAGCAGGUGCCAUAGGACCGGUCAGACCUCCACCCUCUGCUGAUGCAUGACGGGUCCCGGCCGGUGCAACACAGAACUGGGUCCCGACAGCCAGACUGACACGGACCGACCAGGAACAAAGACACCAGGAGGCAAGUCAGAGUGACAGAGCUGCUCCUCCUGACUGGCAUCACGACGCACCGCACACUGCAACAGUUAGGUCAGAAAUGUGACCAACAGAAGUUGAGGUCGGCGAGUUGGAAGUUAUUCAUGUGUCAACCAGGCACCUCUUAAAGGAACAGUUCACCACUGGAGGUUUCGAUAAUCAAGACCAUCAGCAGUAAAUUAGAUCAAAAUGAUUUUCCUAAUGGACCUCCAGAUGAUGCUGCUGGAUGUGAUUUACUUCAUCCUGCGCAACUCUGUGCGGGUCGUCCUGCGCCCACGCACCAAGCCCAUCGAUGGCGAGCUGGUGCUGAUCACCGGAGCGGGUGGCGGCCUGGGUCGCCUCUUUGCUCAGGAGUUCACCAAGCACGGGGCAGAGGUGGUGCUGUGGGACGUCAACAGCAGUUCAAAUGAGCAGACAGCCAAGCUGGUGCGAGAGAUGGGGGGUAAGGCGCACACCUACACAGUGGAUGUGACCAACAGGGAGGACGUCUAUCACAACGCAGAGCUGGUGAGGAAGGACCUGGGCCGGGACGUCACCAUGCUGGUGAACAACGCUGGAGUGGUGGCUGGGCAGCGCAUGUUAGACUGUCCUGAUGAACUGAUGGAGAGGACCAUGAAAGUCAACUGCCAUGCCCUCUUCUGGACAGUGAAGGCCUUCCUCCCUCAGAUGAAGGCUCAGAAUCAUGGACACAUUGUCACCGUCGCCAGCGUCCUUGGCCUCUUCAGCACAGCUUGUGUCGAGGAUUACUGUGCCAGUAAGUUUGCUGCAGUUGGCUUCCAUGAGUCUCUGGCCCACGAGCUGCUGGCUGAGGAGGUUGACGGAGUGAAGACGACUCUUGUGUGCCCUUAUAUCGUUGACACUGGCAUGUUUGAAGGCUGCAAGAUUCGGGAGGAAGUGGAACUGCUCCUUCCCCCUCUGGAGCCCCAGUACUGUGUUGAGCAGGCCAUGAACGCCAUCCUGAUCGACCAGCCGUUAGUGUGCAUCCCUCGCCUCACAUACCUGCCCGUCAUCUCCAGAGCAUUGUUGCCAUGGGAAUCCAAUGUGGUUACGUAUCGUUUCAUGGGGUCUGACAAGUGCAUGUACCCCUUCAUCGACAGCAAGAAGAAACAAGUGCAUAAUGGCUUGAUUGAGGUUGCAUAAUAGUACCUAAGUACAGUUAAGGCAACUUUUGGGAGCAAAAACUUUAAAAAACAAAAACUGCCCAGCUACAACCAGGAUUCAGUAACAUAUGGAUGAUUAGAAGUAAUGCAGAGGGCUUUAGAUAUUCAGACUGUUCAUUCAGAGGUGUGGCCUUGAUGACGACUCAGCCAAGCGUUCAUCAGCACCCAGAAAACACUCCAGUAAUGUUCAGAUGAAGUUUAAAGUCUCUUCUAAGUAUUUUCACCAAACACCUGUAAAAUAACACAAUACAAAUAGUAACUGAAACCUGCUGCUCAGAAGGGGAAUGUCUUUAAUAUCUGUAAUUUAAUAAUGUACCAGAAUAUUGUGCUGUAUUAUGUUUACAUAAAAUAAAAUAAUUUAAAAAACACUACGCUAAACACACGGUGUCGUGAGUGCAAGUGAUUUGUGCGCUUGUAUUCUUGUUAACUUCA